ACCCCAAGAAGCUCAGUUAUUAUGCCUGCAUUAUUUUGCUUCUGGUUUUUAAAUUCUCGUACUCUAAGAAUUUUCUGCCAUGGGUCAUGUACAUGUUAUCAGAAUUCUCCACACAACCUUCGGAAUUUUUGGAAAUGUGUUUGGCAUAUUACUCUUCUUGGCGCCCAUGAUAACAUUCAAAAGGAUUAUCAUGAAAAGAUCAACAGAGAAAUUUUCAGGGGUGCCGUAUCUAAUGAGUCUGUUCAACUGCUUGUUCUCAGUUUGGUAUGGUCUGCCUUUUGUGUCACCAAACAACAAGUUGUUAACAGUCCUGGCUUCAGUUGGUGGUGCCUUGGAGGCAAUUUAUGUGUCGAUUUUCCUCAUAUUUGCACCCAAGAAGGAGAAAUUUAAGAUUUCUGGAAUUCUCUUUUUGGUCCUUUCCAUCUUCUCGGUCGUGGCUUUAGUCUCUGUGUUAACACUUCAUGGCAAUAAAAGGAAGCUCCUUUGUGGUUUAGCUUUUGCUAUUACUUGUAUUAUGAUGUUUGGUGCUCCUCUUACUGUAAUGAGACUGGUGAUCAAAUCUAAAAGUGUGGAGUACAUGCCCUUCUUCUUGUCGCUAUCUAUUUUCAACUCUAGUACCUCAUGGGCAAUCUACGGCGUGCUUGGCAAGGACCCUUUCGUUAUUGUACCAAAUGCAAUUGGAUCUUUAUUAGCAUGUGUGCAACUGAUUUUGUACGUAAUUUAUCGCGAUAACAAGAAGAACCAAGACAUCGAAUUGGAGGAUUCAAUCGAAACAGGGCUUGGAAAACCCCAAAAUGAGUUACAGAAAAAUAUGGAAGCAACUCAGCUGGAUAAUAGACUAUAGCUACUGGAGGGGAAG